CGAUGAUGAGAGGGAAUAAUGAGGAGAUAGAGAGCGGCUCCGGCGGUAGCGGUAGCGGCAGUGGCCAUGCUGAGGAAGUUUCCGGUGACGAUCAAGAACAAGGGGAUGAGGAAGAACAACAGAACCCUAAGAGGAAACGUUAUCACCGUCACACAGCUAGACAGAUUCAAGAAAUGGAAGCGUUGUUUAAGGAAUGUCCACACCCGGACGACAAGCAGAGACUGAAACUGAGCCAAGAACUUGGCCUUAAACCUCGCCAGGUCAAGUUCUGGUUCCAGAACCGGCGGACUCAGUUGAAGGCACACCAAGACCGAACAGAUAAUGUGAUGCUUAAAGCUGAGAAUGAAAAUCUGAAGAAAGUGAACUAUCGUCUGCAAGCAGCUUUGAGGAACAUUGUCUGUCCUACCUGCAGUUCCCCGGCCAUUUUUGGUGAAAUUUCAUUCGAUGAACAGCAACUUCAUAUUGAGAAUGCAAAGCUCAAGGAUGAGCUUGCGCGUGUCACUUGCAUGGCAUCCCAAAGAUGCGGUGGCGGCCGGCCAAUACAGGCAUUGGCGGCGCCACCGGCACAAUCUGUGCUGAUGCCUUCCUUGGACCUUGAAAUGGGAAUCUACUCCAGGAAUUUCCAAGAAUCUAUUGGAAAUUGCAAUCAUAUGGUACCGGUACCAUCGCUAUCGGAGAACCUGUUUAUGGCUGGAGGUGGAUUGAUAAUGGAACAGGAGAAGCCAUUAGCACUAGAACUAGCUAUGGCUGCAGCUAAUGAACUGAUGAAGAUGUUGCAGACUGAUGAGCCUCUCUGGGUCCGAAACAGAAAUGAUAACAAUGAAGUGCUUAAUUUGGAAGAGUAUGCAAAGAUGUUUCCAUGUCCUAUUAGCUUGAUUAAGGGGCAACAGAAUGAAAUGAGGACAGAAGCUAGCCGUGGCAGUGCUCUUGUAAUAAUGAAUAGUAUCACCUUGGUGGAGUCAUUCUUAGAUGCUAAUAAAUGGAUGGAACUGUUUCCUACCAUUGUUCCUAGGGCAAAAACUGUUCAAAUUAUUACUUCUGGAGUUUCAGGAACUCCCAAUGGUUCACUUCAUCUGAUGUAUGCAGAGUUGCAGGUCCUUUCACCAUUGGUUCCUACCCGCGAGGUUCUAUUUCUUCGGUAUUGCGAACAAAAUGAAGAAGAAGGAAGUUGGACAAUUGUUGAUUUCCCAAUUGAUAUCUUACAUGACAAUCACCAAUUUUCCUUCUCUAUAUACAGAAGAAGGCCAUCUGGUUGCAUCAUUGCAGAUAUGCCUAAUGGAUAUUCGAGGGUUAAAUGGGUAGAACAUAUAGAGAUAGAGAAUAAACUAGUUCAUCAGGUUUUCAAUCAAUAUGUAACUAGUGGAAUGGCAUUUGGGGCACAGCGCUGGUUAGCAGUUUUACAAAGGCAGUGUGAGAGGUUUGCAAGUCUCAUGGCAAGAAAUAUAUCUGAUCUUGGAGUGAUACCAUCUCCUGAGGCAAGGAAGAACUUGAUGAAACUGGCACAAAGGAUGAUAAGAACAUUUUGUGUUAACAUUAGCACAUCUGGAGGUCAAUCAUGGACAUCUCUCUCUGAUGCUAUAGAAGACACUGUUCGUAUAACAACAAGGAAAAACACAGAACCUGGCCAACCCAAUGGCCUAAUCUUAAGUGCUGUUUCAACAACUUGGCUUCCAUUUCCACCUCAUCAGGUCUUUGAUCUCUUGAGGGAUGAAAACCGCAGAUCUCAGUUGGAUGUUCUUUCAAGUGGGAAUUCAUUACAUGAGGUUGCUCAUAUUGCAAAUGGCUCUGAUCCUGGGAAUUGCAUUUCUCUUCUUCGCAUAAAUGCACCAAGCAACUCUUCUCAGAAUGUAGAGCUGAUACUGCAGGAAAGCUACGCUGAACCAGGUGGUAGUCUGAUCAUCUACACCACCAUCGAUGUCGAUGCCGUCCAGCUCGUGAUGAGCGGUGAUGAUCCAUCUUACAUCCCCAUCCUCCCUGUAGGCUUCUUAGUGCUUCCUGUGGGUCCCACCGACAGUGAUGGAAACCUAAACAACAACAGCAUCGACGUCAAUGGACCCUCUUCAGGCUCUUUACUCACUGUAGGGCUUCAGGUGUUGGCAAGCACCAUCCCAACUGCAAAACUCAGCCUCUCAAGCGUGGCAGCCAUCACUAACCAUCUCUGCAACGCAGUUCACCAAAUCAAUGCAGCUCUCAGCACCAGUGCUGCUAACAGCGGCAGCGGCAGUGGCAGUGGCAGUGGUGGUGGUGGUGAAGGUGAACCCACCACUAGAGGUGGAGAUGAACCCACCACUGCAUCCGAGUGA